AUGAGAUUCUCCACGUUCGUUAUAUUUACUGCUGCUGUUGCUUCUUCUUUCGUUGCUGGAUCAGAUGAUGAUGAUGACCAUAAAUGGGUCACUUAUACUAGAAACCUUGGUUCAGGUAGAAAACUUACUUUAACCAGAUACCAAGGAUCUGUUCCAUUGGUAGGAUCUGAAUAUGAAACCAAAACUAUUGUUGUUUCUAAUGAUGAUGGUAGUCCAAGAUAUACUGAAACUGUUACUGGAAGAAGAGAAGCUGUUGAAGAAAGAGCUGCUACUUCUGAGGAGUCUUCUGAUCCUGAUUGGGUUACCUACACCAAAAACUUACCAGAUACAACUGUUACUGUUACCAGAUAUCAAGGCUCAACACCAUUAACAGGUACUGAAUAUCAAACCAGAACAAUUGUCGUUAGUAAUGAAGAUGGCAGUCCAAAAUACACUGAAGUUAUUACAGGUAGAAGAGAUCCUGCUACUGAAACUGCAAAGGCAUCAGCUGCUUCUGAAGAGUCAUCUUCUGAUCCUGAAUGGGUUACUUACACCAAAAGCUUGGCUGAUAAAACCAUUGUUGUGACAAGAUAUCAAGGGUCUACUCCAUUAUCAGGCACUGAAUAUCAAACAAGAACUAUUGUUGUUAGUAAUGAAGAUGGCAGUCCAAAAUAUACUGAAGUUAUUACCGGUAGAAGAGAUCCUUCCACUGAAACUGAAGUUGCCCAAUCAUCAUCUUCCAAAGCAGAAGCCAAAUCUUCUGCUACUAGUGCUGAGUCUGAAUCUUCUUCUAGUGGUAGGGUUUCCACUUAUACAGGUGCUGCUAAAACUGUUGGGUUAUCUUUUGGCGCUUUGGCCUUUGGUGGUGUUGCUGCUUUCUUCAUAUAA